GGUACUGAACGGCUGAAGUGCCGCACUAAAUGUUUAAAAUAAGUUGUAAAUAGAGUGUGGGGUGGAAUGGGAACCCAAAAGAGCAGAAUAUUCAAAUGGAUGUCUUGGUUUGUCGUUAUUGCGGCGUUUUUCUUAAUUGGCUUCAUAAUAGGUUGGUUUGCCAGACCCCCACACACUGACCACGAUGCGGUGUCUCGCAGCUACCUGCAAGAAUUCCUGGAGGAAAUGCAAGCUGAGAACAUCAGGCAGUACCUGAGGAAAUUUACACGACUUCCUCACCUGGCCGGAACUGAACAGAACCUCCGCCUGGCACAGCAGAUCAGGGAUGAGUGGCUGCAGUUUGGGCUGGACUCGGUGGAGAUUGUGCCAUACGACGUUCUCCUGUCCUAUCCGAACAAGACCAACCCAAAUUACAUCUCCAUCAUUGAUGACAGGGGCAAUGAGGUCUUCAAUACUUCCCUAUCAGAACCUGUACCCGUGGGGUAUGAAAACAUCUCCAACAUUGUGCCUCCCUACAAUGCAUUUUCAGCCAAAGGUCAACCCGAGGGCGAUUUGGUGUACGUGAACUACGGGCGCACUGAGGACUUUUUCAAGCUGGAACGUGAAAUGGGAAUCAACUGUACAGGGAAAAUUGUCAUUGCGAGAUAUGGAAAAAUCUUCAGGGGCAACAAGGUGAAAAAUGCUGUCCUUUCAGGUGCAAAAGGCAUCAUCCUCUUCUCAGACCCAGCUGACUACUGUGCCCCAGGGGUGAAGGUGUACCCAGAUGGAUGGAACCUCCCAGGGGGAGGAGCUCAGCGCGGGAAUGUGCUGAACCUCAAUGGGGCGGGUGACCCCCUGACGCCUGGUUACCCCGCUAAAGAGUAUACCUAUAGAUACAGCAUUGAUGAGGGUGUUGGACUUCCAAAGAUUCCUGUGCAUCCCAUUGGCUAUAAUGAUGCUGUCAAUCUACUCAAAAAUAUGGGUGGAGAAAUUCCCCCCAACAAUUGGAAGGGGGAUCUCAAUGUGUCCUACAGGAUCGGGCCAGGAUUCAAAGCAGAAUUCAACACACAGAAGGUCAGGAUGAAUAUCCACACGAACAACCAGGUCACAAGGAUUUACAACGUCAUUGGCAAAAUUCGAGGGGCUGUGGAACCAGACAGGUACAUCAUCCUGGGGGGUCACAGGGACGCCUGGGUGUUUGGUGGGAUCGACCCUGUCUCAGGUGCAGCCGUUGUCCACGAGAGUGUGAGGAGCGCUGGGAAGCUCAUGGCCCGAGGUUGGAGACCUAGGAGGACCAUCAUCUUUGCUAGCUGGGAUGCAGAAGAAUUUGGGCUUCUGGGAUCCACAGAAUGGGCUGAGGAGAAUGCAAAACUGCUCCAAGAAAGAGGCGUAGCUUACAUCAAUGCUGAUUCUGCCAUAGAGGGUACUUACACCUUGAGAAUAGACUGUACACCAUCACUCCACACUUUAGUGUAUGAUGUCACUAAACAGAUCUCUAGUCCUGAGGAAGAGCAUGAAGGAAUAUCCCUCUAUGAGAGCUGGCACAAAAAAGACAACUGGACUGGGGAUCGAGACGCACCCAGGAUCAGCAAGCUCGGCUCAGGCAGCGACUUUGAAGCGUAUUUCAUAAGACUUGGAAUUGCCUCUGGGAGGGCAAGAUACACCAAGAACAGGAAAACUGAGAAGUACAGCAGUUACCCGGUGUACCACAGUGUGUACGAGACCUUUGAGCUGGUGGAGCGUUUCUAUGACCCCACCUUCAGGAAAUUGCUCGCAGUAGCCCGAGUAAGAGGGGGGCUUAUCUUUAAGCUGGCCGACUCCCAGCUCCUCCCACUGGACUGCAACGAGUAUGCCCUCUCCCUGAGCAAAUACGCGCACAGCAUCUUCCAGCUGGCUCAGAAGCACCAGGCUGACCUGUUCAAGUACCAAGUCUCCUUUGAUUCUCUUUUUUCUGCUGUGGAUAACUUCACAGCUGCUGCAAAGGACUUUCACGAACGUCUUAAGCACUUGGACAUGACUAAUUCUGUGGAGGUGCGAAUGGCAAAUGAUCAGAUGAUGUAUCUGGAAAGGGCUUUUGUGGAUCCCCUUGGAUUGCCAGGGAGACCUUUCUACAGGCAUAUUAUAUUUGCUCCAAGCAGCCAUAAUAAAUAUGCAGGGGAGUCUUUCCCAGGAAUCUAUGAUGCCAUGUUUGACAUUGAGAAUGCUAAAGAUCCCAUCUCAGCGUGGGAGGAGGUGAAAAGACAGAUCAGCAUUGCAGCGUUCACAGUUCACGCAGCAGCCAUGACUCUCACACCACCUGCAUGA